AUGAGCGCGAUCCUGUCUGCGGACGACUUGAACGAUUUCAUUUCGCCGGGGGUUGCCUGCAUUAAACCAGUUGAAACACUCCCACCAAAAGAGCCAAAAACAGAGGAGAAUGCCUACGAAGUCACCACCGAAGACAAAGUCCAGCCAGAGACCCUCCCACCUGCCCAGAUCUCUCUGACCGACUGCUUGGCUUGCUCGGGCUGUGUCACCUCUGCCGAGGCAGUUCUCAUCUCCCUUCAGUCUCACACGGAGGUCCUCAACACGCUCGACUCUUCCCCAGAACUACCUCUGACGCAUGGCGCGACGAUUGCAAAUACCGGGGCAGCAGAUGAAGGCAGGAUAUUCGUCGCCAGUGUCAGCCCUCAGGUCCGAGCCGGUCUGGCAGCUACAUAUGGUAUCUCGGAGAAGAAAGCGGGAUACAUGAUCGACCAGUUCCUGCGCGGCCCACAAGGUCUUCGGGCCGGUGGGAAGCAUGGCAGCGGCUUUACUUGGGUGGUGGACACAAAUAUCAUGCGGGAGGCCGUGCUGGUGCUCACAGCAGACGAGGUGUCGGAAUCUUUCAGCUCCGAAGAUUCAGACAGUCCGCUUCCCCAACGACCAAUCCUGUCUUCGGCUUGUCCAGGGUGGAUAUGCUAUGCUGAGAAGACGCAUCCAUUUAUACUGCCGCAUCUCUCUCGGCUGAAGUCGCCCCAAGCACUAUCUGGGACAUUUUUGAAGACCGUUUUGAGCAAGGCUCUCGGGGUCCCACCCUCGCAGAUAUGGCACCUGGCGCUCAUGCCCUGUUUCGACAAGAAAUUGGAGGCUAGUCGCGAGGAACUCACCGACAUCUCAUGGCAAACUGGAGCAAACGAGGAACACCAACCCAUUCGCGAUGUUGACUGCGUCAUUACCACGCGCGAGCUCCUCUCCUUGGCCUCGUCUCGGGGCCUUUCACUUCCGAACCUGCCGUUGCAGCCUCUACCCCCGACUUUCACCCCAUCAUUCCCCGAGAAAACCCUUGAUUUCUUUUUAUCUUCCACGCGCUCUCCAGCAGAACAGAACCUUGAGACCGGUACAUCAGGAGGCUACCUACACCACGUGCUGAAGACCUUCCAAGCCCGAAACCCUGACAGCAAGCUCGUCACCAAUCGCGGACGCAACGCCGAUGUUGUCGAAUACAUCCUUAACUCCAAAGACGGCCAGCCCAUCAUGAAAGCAGCCCGCUACUACGGUUUCCGAAACAUCCAGAACCUGGUCCGGAAACUCAAGCCUGCUCGGGCAUCGAAACUCCCCGGCGCUGCACGACGACAGACAAUGUCGCGCAACGCCACGUCUGGUGGUGGGUCUGAUUACGCCUAUGUGGAAGUCAUGGCUUGCCCCGGCGGCUGCACGAACGGCGGUGGCCAAAUCCGCGUGGAAGAUGCCAGGGAAGCGACUGGGGAAAUGGACACAACGGACUCUGUUGCGGCAUCCAAACCAUCCCCUCAUGAGCAGCGCGCGUGGCUUGCUCGCGUCGAUGAAGCGUACUACUCCAUGGAGUCGGACUCGGAGAAUGAAGGACCCCCUCAACCUGUCUCUGCAGCGGACAAGGAAGCUCAGAUCCAUGAAGGUCUAAGCCAGUGGUCACGAUUUAUGGAUAUCCCACUUGAGAAGCUUGUCUACACUACAUACCGCAAGGUGGUAAGCGACGUCGGCAAGGAGAAGAACGCGAACGAUACUACUCGGGUUGCGGAGCUGGCUGGGAAGAUUGGAGGAGGUUGGUAA